UCUCUCUCUCUCUCUCUCUCUCUCUGUCGUCCUAUCUUGAAAAAGCUCUCAUUGUGCUCUCUUGUCACUUCCCCUCUCUCUCUCUCUCUCUAGCUUGACCUUUCCCUUGGUUAGAGACAGACAGAUACACAGCACUAGAUAGAUAGAUAGAUAGAUAGAUAGAUAGCAUCACUAGCAAGAAAAGAUCUUACCAUUACCUCCCAUUCCCCCCAGCUCCCAUACUCCUCCCCUCUCCUCUUUGUUUUCAUCGAAGCAAGCCCAGGCAGCCCCCCCCACCCCCACCCUUCUACCAGCCGUCCACCCCUGACCUGACUGAAGCAUCUUCUCCUUCCUCCCUACUCCGUCGUCCUCGAGAGAUGCGUCCGGCCAGUAGAAGAAUCUCCCUCUCCGCCUCCACCUAUAGCAACUCAAAUCACAGCAGCUGCAGCAUGAGAAUUUGAGCUCAAAGGCAAUGGAAGGUGGUGUCAGCACCAGGAGAUGAAGGAGAGGCAACGCUGGAGAGCUGAAGAAGACGCUUUGUUACGUGCUUACGUGAAACAAUAUGGGCCAAGGGAGUGGCACCUUGUUUCCCAGCGAAUGAACACCCCUCUCAAUAGGGAUGCCAAGUCAUGCUUAGAGCGGUGGAAGAACUACCUGAAGCCCGGGAUCAAGAAAGGUUCUCUUACUGAGGAGGAGCAGAGGCUUGUGAUUCAGCUCCAGGCAAAGCACGGCAACAAAUGGAAGAAGAUUGCAGCCGAAAUCCCUGGUCGAACGGCCAAGAGGCUGGGUAAGUGGUGGGAGGUGUUCAAGGAGAAGCAACAGAGAGAACAGAAGGAGAACAAUAGGACAGUGCACCCGAUUGAGGAAGGCAAGUAUGAUCAGAUUCUGGAGACCUUUGCAGAGAAGAUCGUGAAGGAGCGAGCUGCACCUGCCUUUCUCAUUACUGGUUCCAACAAUGGGUUCCUUCAUGCUGAUACACCCACUGUUUCGCCCUCUUUGCUGCCUCCAUGGCUUUCUACUUCUAAUGGGACCGCCACUCUGCGGCCUCCUUCCCCAUCUGUCACCUUAAGUCUCUCGCCCUCUACAGUUUCAACCUCUCCACCUGUCCCGUGGCUCCAGCCUGAGAGAGGUCUUGAGGCUACCUCAUUCUCUCUGGGCAGUUUACCAACUCAUGGGCCAGGCCCUGCUCCUGCAGAGGCGAUGGUCCUAUCCGAGCUUGUGGAGUGCUGCAGGGAGCUGGAAGAAGGGCACCGGGCCUGGGUGGCCCACAAGAAGGAAGCCGCGUGGAGGUUAAAGCGAUUGGAAUUGCAGCUAGAGUCCGAGAAGGGGACCCGUCGGAAGGAGAAAAUGGAGGAGAUAGAGUCAAAAAUCAAUGCUCUCAGGGAAGAGCAGAAGGCUACAUUGGAGAGAAUCGAAGAGGAGCAUCGGGAACAGUUAGCAGGGCUUAGGAGUGAUGCAGAAACCAAGGAGAUGAAGCUUGCAGACCAGUGGGCCAUGAAACACCAGCAGCUCUAUAAGUUAGUGGAGCAGAUGGGGGCCCGAUCCGGGCCUGCAGAAACCUAGAGGACAGCCGGGACCACUUCGGAAGGCAACUUCAUGAAUCAUGCUGAAAUGGAGAAAUUACCUUGCGCUCCAAACAAAGAAAAAGCUCCAUUAAACUCAAAGAGGUUUCUGCCUAGAGAUCAAGGAGGGAAGAGGUUGAGAGCAUUUCCAUGGCCCCCUUGAAAAAUCCGCAGAAGUCGGCUCUUUAUAUGCUCAGAAGGUAUAAUUGCCCAGACAGUACUCUUAUGGCAAGGAACCAUGUUUCCUUCUACGUUGAUAUACGCACCGCAAUUCAUAUUUUGUUAUUUUGGCAGCAUCAUUAUUCACCUUCCCUUAUGAUUUCAUAAGAGUAUCGAAAAUUGUAUGAUAUGAAUCAUCAAUAUGAUGGACUCAGCUAAUCAGCAACAUUGUGCUACA